UGGUUCUACUUGGUUCUAUGCAGCAGUUUCUCCUUAGCUUCCACUCCAAGACUGCAGGGGGCAGUUCUGCGUUUCUCUUAGAUCACCAUUCCAUUAAAAAAGAGAGCUGGCUGUUGCCUGGCGCAGAUAAACACUGGCCGAUAGGAGGGGCAUUCACACUGGCGAGUGGGGAACGAGAGUGAGCAAGAGUCUGCUCCAUCGACGGGGACAGAGCACAAGCACCCCGAACUGAUUUAGGACUCCAAACUGAAAUGACAGCAUUUGUCUCACCUAUAGCCGCUUGCAAAUUAUAUCGCCACAUUUUGCAGUACACUACGCCGUCCGUAAAUACUCAAUAACUGGGACAUAAAAAUAGUUUUAUCUUGUCCUGAGUCGUUUAUUUUUUAUUAUUAUUUUUGUAUUUUUUAUUCACGGCAUGACAUGUAAUCAUCUGGUAGUUUGAUGGGGCUUCUACGGAUUAUGAUGCCGCCCAAGUUUCAGCUUUUGGCUGUUAUGGCUUUUGGAAUUGCCAUGAUGUUCAUCGAGAACCAAAUCCAGAAACUGGAGGAUUCUCGGACGAAGCUAGAGCUCACCAUCGCCAGGCACGAGGUACGGGAAGUGGAGCAGCGGCACAUGCAGGAAGCGGCCCGGGACUGGACGCCGCCUGGCGAGAGCGACGACGUGGUGAUCAUCUACAACCGCGUGCCUAAGACGGCCAGCACCUCCUUCACCAACAUCGCCUACGACCUGUGCUCCAAGAACCACUUCCACGUGCUGCACAUCAACACCACCAAGAACAACCCCGUCAUGUCCCUGCAGGACCAGGUGCGGUUUGUGAGGAACGUCACCUCCUGGAAGGAGAUGAAGCCUGGCAUCUACCACGGCCAUGUGGCCUUCCUGGACUUCUCCAAGUUCGGUGUGAAGGCUAAGCCCAUCUACAUUAACGUGGUGCGGGACCCCAUCGAGAGGCUGGUGUCCUACUACUACUUCCUGCGCUUCGGGGACGACUACAGGCCCGGCCUCAGACGGAGAAAGCAAGGGGACAAAAAGACCUUUGAUGAGUGUGUAUCGUCGGCCGGCUCUGACUGCGCUCCAGAGAAACUAUGGCUGCAGAUCCCCUUCUUCUGUGGCCACUACUCCGAGUGCUGGAACGUGGGCAGCCGUUGGGCGCUGGAGCAGGCCAAAUACAACCUGGUGAACGAGUACCUGCUGGUGGGGGUAACGGAGGAGCUGGAGGACUUCAUCAUGAUGCUGGAGGCCGCGCUGCCACGCUUCUUCAAGGGAGCCACGGACCUCUACCGUACAGGGAAAAAGUCCCACCUGAGGAAGACCACCGAGAAGAAGCCUCCCACCAAGGACUCCAUCACCAAACUGCAGGGGUCGGAGAUCUGGAAGAUGGAGAAUGAGUUCUACGAGUUUGCCCUGGAGCAGUUCCAGUUUGUGCGCGCCCAUGCUGUGCGGGAGAAGGACGGUGAGCUGUAUGUGCUGGCACAGAACUACUUCUACGAGAAGAUUUACCCCAAAGUGAACUGAGCUGGGCCCUGCACCCAGAGACGCGCUUGGGGAGGGUUGGAGGGAAGGUGGAUACUGAGGGCAGCAUGGACCCUUAAUCCACCAAUCCUCUCCUGACCUCAUACUGUUUUUUUUGUUGUUGUUGUUGUCACAUACACUGGGAGAGAGAGAGAGAGAGAGAGAGAGAGCAGGGAUUGAGGGGACAGAGGGAGGACCGUUCUGUAAAAGGUACAUGUGCUUGACGCGGUCAUGAGCCAACUGCCAACUUGGAAGGCCCGGGAUUGUGGUGGGGUGUCUGUCUGUCUGUCUGUCUUGUCUCUUUGCUCACGUAAAAGCAAAGGACCCCAGGUCAGUUGGUCAGCAGGUCAGAGCUCAGUUUGGGGGGGGGGGGUCCAUCGCCAGCUCCAUCAGCCCUCCCAUUCACUCGUACUGUAGCUCUCCCACUGCUGCUGGGCCAUGGCCAACGGUGUGGACUUCCUGUGUGGUGGCCUCGCUCACCAGAUAAAGACCAGAGCCCAUCCACCCACUCCAUCCCUCUUUCUUGACUUGCACUGUGGUUUCUGAGGCUUGUCAGAUCUGAAGUGACUGGUACAUCGGAGAGGAAGAACAGUUUAGAGACUUUUGAGAUGUUUAUAACCAUUUUCUCUUUUAUUUGAUUUUUUUUUUGUUGUAAUUAACAUGCACCUCUAGAGGGUAAUAUUAUCAUCCAUUUGGAAGCUAUUAUGUUUAUCAGAGGUAAUUGCUUCUCCAGACUUAAAUUAAAAGGAUUUAAGAAAAUAUGAUGAGUCAUCAUGCUACACAACACUAAGACGCCUAGCAGUUUGAAGGGAAAAAUAUGACCAGGGUGCCGGAGAUAUGCUAUUGUAAUCGUCAUGAGUAGCGCCUCCUCUUUUUACUAAUGACUGAUUCUCUGCGUUCAUGAUUUUUUUCGAUUUUGCAUUUAGUGUGUGUUUGUGUGUGUGAGAGAGAGUGUUUUAUGUAUGUAUGUAUAUGUAUAUAUACAUAUAUAGAUAGAUACACACACACUUUUUUUGUAAAAUGCAUUGUACAGUGUUUACAGUAGACUGGGGCUUAGGAAGGGGCAAAUAUGUAUGAAAGUAACAGUGAACUCAAAUCCAAAUCUGUACAUAUUGUAUCUACACAUACAGUACAUAUUUUAUGUAUUUGGACCAAAUGGUUGUAAGAAAAAAAAAAUACUGUUAAAGACAUAUAGAACACUAUCCAACCAGCUGGAGUGAAUAGUCAAAUAAUAUUUGUAUGACAUUUGAGGGAAAAAAUAUAUCGGUAAUGUUUUUCAAGAUAUUUCCAUAAAUCACUCACAUUUAGUCCCCCUUUGCAAAAUUUGCAUUUUGUUAAAAUAUUUUUCUUUGUAACCCCUCGGUGCAUGGACAACUUAAUUAGGUGAAUCUGUUAGGACUGUGUUAAAUGAAUUGUCUUGAGGGGCAACAAACAUUGAUGGCAUGAAUAAGGAAACUCUCUCUAUAAACUGGUUUGGACAACUCACCACAGCUAUCGAGGAUCUAGGGUACUUUUGACUUCUUGCUCACCUGACCAGACUGAUCCCAACCUUGAGACAAAGAGUGUGUGAUUUGUGAGUGGGUCCUCUAAUUCCAGCCCGAACCACUCGUCAGAUCUUAGUACUUUUCACAUCAACUGACAAAGAAUCUUGCAAGUUGUUUCAGAAACGAAGACUGAUAUUCUCACUCACCAUGAAGUCUACCAAGUCAUACCAGGACACACUAUCACUGGGCUGGGAUCUGCAAAAACAGCUCUCUGAAUGUGUUUCCAGGUCACAGGGUUGUUUUAUGACGGAUACUUUAAAAGUACUGGCGAAACCGUGAGACGGCAUACAUUAGCUCAAUACUCGAUAGUGCCUUCAUAGUACAGCAGUCAUGGUAAUCUUGACGUUUAUGUUUCAACCACCUCAAAAUGUUUAGCCAAAUUUUUUAACUCUUGCUUCUAACUUUUAUUUUUUGUUCUUUAUUUGUUUUAUGCCACCAGCUUUUAUGUUUUGUUGGAAUUGUUGUAUUCAUUUUCUUGUUCCAAAUGGUCUGAGAUAUUUCAAAUAAAUGUUAAACUCUUAGGA